UGUAAGGGACACCAAGUGACGUGUGUCUAGGAAGGGUUUAAAAGUUUGAUGUGAUUGAAAUAACCAUUACUGACCUUGACUUGCAGCUGAAACAGAACUGGGAGAUCUGUGCUUCUUUGAGCCUGGCCAUUUGGGCAACAAACCUAACAAUGAAUAAUUUGUCAAGCUGUUUGCCCAAUGCAACAAUUUGUGAUGGUGCCUCCUGUGUGCUAGCUGAGACUAAUUCCAACUAUAUUCUAAAUGUAGUCCUGAGUGCCAUCCUUACCAUCUUGUUGGCUUUGGUGAUGUUCUCCAUGGGUUGCAAUGUAGAAGUGAAGAAAUUCCUAGGACACAUAAAGCAACCAUGGGGCAUAUUUGUUGGUUUCCUCUGUCAGUUUGGGAUCAUGCCCCUCACAGGAUUCAUUCUGUCAGUGGCCUUCAACAUCCUUCCCAUCCAGGCUGUGGUGGUACUUAUCAUAGGAUGCUGCCCGGGAGGAACCGCUUCCAAUAUCUUGGCGUAUUGGGUCGAUGGUGACAUGGACUUGAGCAUCAGCAUGACCACAUGUUCCACCCUGCUUGCCCUGGGAAUGAUGCCGCUGUGUCUCUUUCUCUAUACCAAAAUGUGGGCUGAAGUUGGGACAAUUGUCAUUCCCUAUGACAGCAUAGGUAUUUCUUUGGUGGCUCUUCUUAUUCCCGUUUCUGUUGGGAUGUAUGUUAAUCACAAGUGGCCCCAAAAAGCCAAGCUCAUACUGAAGGUUGGUUCCAUCACAGGAGCCAUCCUCAUUGUUCUCAUAGCUGUGGUUGGAGGAAUACUGUACCAAAGUUCUUGGAUCAUCAGUCCCCAAAUGUGGAUUAUAGGAACAAUAUUUCCUGUGGCCGGUUACCUCCUGGGUUUUUUUCUGGCGAGAAUAGCUGGUCUGCCCUGGUACAGGUGCCGGACAGUUGCUUUGGAAACAGGGAUGCAGAAUACCCAGCUGUGUUCCACCAUCGUCCAGCUGUCUUUCACUCCUGAACAGCUCACUCACAUUUUCACCUUCCCUCUCAUCUACACCAUUUUCCAGGUGGUCUUCGCAGCGCUACUAGUAGGAUUUUAUGUGGCAUACAAGAAAUGUCAUGGGAAAAAUAAGGCAGAAUUUCCAGAGAGCAGAGACAAUGAAACAAUGUCCGACUCAUCGCUCUAUAAGAUGAAUGGAGGAUUUUAA